UCCCUCUCUCUCUCUCUCUUCUGGUCUGUUGGUGGAGCCCGUCGCCGCCGCUGUGCCUCGCUGGCGUUGGCCUCUCUCUUGUCGGUUUCUGAGGGGCUUUGUCUGCUAGUGGUGUCGGAGAGAUCAAACGCCUUCUUUUCCUCCAAAUCUCCUGCCUGGAAGCCAAACCCAACCUCACAUCUUCCCACUUCUUCAAUCCUUUUAAGAAGAAUCGUUUCGUCAUCUCCAGAUCUGAGGUUGCCGCACAAUUAAUCGCCCAACCUAGACCUAAAUAGGUGUUUUUGACCGCCCUUUCGUGUGCGACGCGUCGGAUUUGAGGCGUUUCUGACGGGCGAUUCUUUUCUGGGAAUUAUUCCGCUUCCGCUCGUGAGGCCGCGGUCGGCAUGGAUGAGAAGAUGCGGUUGUCAGGAUUGGUGAGAAGAUCGCGUGGGUCGUUAGAUCGUUUUUUUUCUUCGAGUUAGCGCACGAAAGGCUGAUCCUGGACUUGGUUCUGUCUAAUUUGGUGAGAGAUUUUCUGUCGGCCGCGCCGUCGGGGGUUGAGUUGAAUCUGGAGAGGAGAGUCGGAAAAUUUGGUUUCUUUCCCCUUUGUUGGAUACUAACUGAAUUAAAUUAGAUGUUAAGAAGGCGAGCUUGGAUGAGAUGAGGGAUGCUAGCGGCAUUGAUGAACCUACUGAGGGCCUGCUGGCAGCCAUCGGAUCGGUCUGUCCACUCAGGCUCUGAGGUCGUAGGCCGGCAGGAUGGGCUUCUGUGGUACAAGGACAGCGGACAACACAUAAACGGUGAGUUCUCCAUGGCCGUGGUGCAAGCAAACAACUUGCUUGAGGACCAGAGCCAGAUCGAGUCUGGACCACUGAGCUUGCUUGAUACCGGGCCAUAUGGUACCUUCGUGGGUGUGUAUGAUGGCCAUGGAGGUCCAGAAACCUCCCGUUAUAUCAAUGAUCAUCUCUUUCAGCAUUUGAAAAGAUUUGCAGCUGAACAGCAGGCCAUGUCAGCUGAUGUAAUAAGGAAGGCAUAUCAAGCUACAGAGGAAGGUUUUUUUUCUCUGGUUAACAAGCAAUGGCCUAUGACACCUCAGAUUGCAGCUGUUGGCUCGUGCUGUCUGGUUGGUGUAAUCUGUGGUAGUAUGCUAUAUACAGCUAAUCUUGGGGAUUCCCGUGUUGUUCUUGGGAAACUUGUAAAAGCAACUGGAGAAGUUUUGGCUGUCCAGUUGUCAGCAGAGCAUAAUGCUGGAAUUGAGUCUGUGAGACAGGAGUUGCAUUCAAUGCACCCAGAAGACAAGCAAAUUGUUGUCUUAAAGCAUAAUGUCUGGCGUGUGAAGGGCCUUAUCCAGGUCUCUAGGUCGAUUGGUGAUGUAUACCUAAAGAAGGCGGAAUUUAACCGGGAACCACUAUAUGCGAAGUUUCGACUUCGUGAACCUUUCAAAAAACCUAUACUCAGCUCAGAGCCAUCGAUUUCUGUGCAACUGCUGCAACCACAAGAUCAGUUUCUUAUAUUUGCGUCUGAUGGCCUCUGGGAGCAUCUUAGCAACCAAGAAGCAGUGGAUAUUGUUCAUAAUGGUCCUCACAGUGGGAGUGCUCGGCGUCUAAUCAAAGCUGCACUUCAGGAAGCAGCCAAGAAGAGGGAAAUGAGAUACUCUGACCUCAAGAAGAUCGAUCGUGGGGUUCGUCGUCAUUUCCAUGAUGACAUCACCGUGAUCGUUGUGUUCCUCGAUGACAAUCUUGUUAGCAGGGCCAGCUCACACAGAGGCCCGACUUUGUCUGUAAGAGGGGGUGGGUUUGCCCCUGCUCCUAACUCUCUUGCCCCCUGUACGACGCCCUCCGAGCCCCGUGCCUCAUGAUCCAGUCAGGCCACUCCUUGUUAUCUUGUGUACUAAAUUAAAGCUUCAAGACCACUUCCAUGAUCAUGUCCUCGAUGACUGAAAUGGUGGACACAACUGAUUUAUAUCUGUUCUAUUAUGUGCGCCUGGUGCAGAAAUUACCUCCUUUUGUAUCAUGCUGUUUUCUAAUUCUGUCGCCACAGGUGCCAAGGUUGUCUACCAUAGAUCUCUUUAUUCUCUGAAUGACUUAUUGGCUUUGGUUGUUGCUUGAACUUGUUGGAUGCCCAACCCAUUGAUGUUGUGUUAUUGUAAAAGGUUUUAUGCAGAAAAUAACCCCUUUUGUUAUCA